AUGGAGAAGCGCUCAGAAAAACUACAGUUUAACCCAACUACAGGUAAACUAACAGUAAGAAGGCUACCAAUGAAAAACUGUGAUAAUGUCAUUUAUUCAAGUACUGAGGCACCGAGCUUCUUCGGAGGUAACUUCGCCGCACCACUCGAGAAAGACAAGCUUGUGAUAUUGCCUCCGACUUAUCGUAAGAAAACAGUUUCCGUCGAAACCAUGCAUAUUUCCUGUCAAUCUGACACGUAUGAACCAAACCACAACUAUGGUGGAGUGGUGAUUUAUCAAUACAACGACAAGUCAGAAUGGCGAACUGCGAACAACACUCACUGUAAAACUGGCUAUAUCGUCAUUCAAGACACAGAUUCAGAAAAUGUUAAGAAGUGGAUUGGUAUAGAGCCUGGCGCUGUUCACGGAGCUGUCUAUAGAAAUGCUUUCGGUGAAUCUGUGAACGACGCGGAAGUCGUUGGCGAAGGUUUUGCGAUACGAAAUGAUAAAUUGGUUGAAACGUUUGAAAUUAAUUCAAGCGUUUUCAACAACCCAGAAUGCAGUGUAUUCCAUGAUCAUCGUAGAAGGAUGCAUGAAUUGUCAGAGCAUUGCGUCAAAAAGGUUGCGAGGUGUUGGAAGACUGCAGGUCCUUGCUGGCUCAGACAGAACAAUUUUGAAGUAAAACAGUUGCUUAAAGAUUUUGACCAUGAUUAACUCCAAGACUAUCUAAACACUAUCUAAAUGUAGCGAAACCUAUUUUAUUUUAAGAAGUUUAGGACGGACGACGCAAACGAAAUGAUGACGGAUAUAGUGCAGCUACGAACGCUUUUUACCCCGAAAUGUAUAGUAUGUAACUAGUAACCUUAUACUUUCUAUUAAACAGUGCAAAAUGAAAUGAAAGAUUGUGUUUGAAAAAAUAAUUCCAUUUACACACAAAAUCUAAAUGUUCAUAGAAAUUAUAUAUGCACGAUUUUCAUUGAUUUGUAGUUUUGAUUAGUGGUGAUCCGAGGUUAAAUACAACCCAUUGUUUUCGUUCAUACGUGUUUCUGCACGUCUGUUUGAACUUUACCAAACAACCCAAAAAUUUGUAUAAAUAAAUAUUGCAUAAUUCUUGAUGGACCAAUCAAGAAUCAUUCCAACCUUUGUUGAAAACCCACGAGACCAUACAAAGAACAUUUAAGCUUGUGAAAUCACAUGCAGAAUAUAGUUAGUCUACCAUGAAGAAUGUUUACCCAUUUACCGCGGUAAACUAUAACUGCAACAGUCAGAAUUGCAAAAAGUGUUCAACCUUCCUAAGUAAGGUUUCAAGAUUUCAAACAUUCUCAAAAUAACGUGAACUAUGGCUUUUUUUCACGUUGCAACUGAUACACAAAUUUUGUCAUUCAAAAAUCGGCUUCUUACUCCGAUUAACAUUGAUCAGCUGGUUGAUUGCAUCAUACUCGCAUACAGACCAAACAGUACGGACCGGCGACUGCUAGCAGAUGUAUCUGUUACGAUUGCUACAGAAACGCCUGUCCCAAGAGAGCUUCUAUAAUACUGCCAGCGUUCGGAAAUGUCACGCUAUACUACAUACCAGCACAACAGUCCAGUAUCAUUUAUGUUUUAUGGUUAAAGUGUUCCGAUUCUGAAGAUGACAUUAUAUUAUAUGUUGCAUUUGUUUAUUUAUAUGUAUUUGUAAAUCAUUUAUUAAAACACAAAACAAUAGACAUUCCAAAAAUUGUAAACAUUUUCAUUCUUCACGUUUCGAUUAUUAAUUUAAUCAAGUCAUCUUCAGAAUUCGAACACUAACACCAUGAAAUAAAUAAAUGAUACUUCACUGUUGUGUUGGAAGUUAUGUAGUAGCGUGACAUUUCCGAAUGCUGGUAGUAUCAUAUAUAGAAGCUCUCUUGGGACUGGCGAUUCACGACGCGGCUAGUGAAGACGCAUUAGAAAGUCUUGGUAACUAGCGCGGCCAACGCCGUCUUGUGCAAUUAGCCAUUUCCCAAAUUCCUUGGUCUAUAGUCUAUAGUCGCGCAAAUCCCUUUUCGAAGGGACAAGAAAUGAAAUAUGGCAGCACACAUUUAAAUUAAAAGUUUAAUCUAAAAAGGACAUAUUUCAUUUUUGGUCGUGCAAAAAGUUGAUAUUUGAUAGUAGAUACUUCUACUCUUUCACAUAUUUGACGCCUGUCUCCAUAUAUUUUGUCCCUCCAAACGAUCCCAGAAUGCACUGUCUGUAAUCUUUUUUUUGGAAAAGGCUAAUUCCAAUGAGUCGACGACUCUACGACGGAAUUUUGUCAAUUUCACAUUGUGAUCACUACGUUGCGAAUUUCAAGUGAUUGAAACAAAAUUGAACGAUUAAAUUAAACACCACAGAAAAUGUAAUCAAAGGUAUUACAACAGCAGAAGUUCAUUUUCUAUUUAAAUUCGCUCUUUCAAAAAUUUUAAUAUAGAUUUUGAAAAACCUAUAAUUUUCCCCCCAAAUAAACGUAUUACGCUAGCGCGUUGUGUUUCGUAACGCAAGGAACAGAAUAAGAUGAGGCGGUUUGGGCCGCGCUAGUUACCAAGCCUUUCUAACGCGUCUUCUCUCGCCACGUCGUGAAUCGUAAACUCUCUAAUAUCAUUAACGAAACGAACGUUACGUAAAAUCAUAAACGUGAAUAGUCCAUAUAUUUAGAAUCAUUUAAUAACUACGUAAUUCUAUAUCUAUAUUUACAUAUGGUAUAUAUCUCAUGGUAAAUAUUCAUUCAAAAAUAGCUGCAAUAUUCAACUACUAAGUUUGAAAUUUGUGCUCCCAUUAAGCUUUGCGCGCUUAGAGUUUAAGACGUAAGGUUUAGAUCGAGUUUAAGGUUUUUCAAAUGACAAUCUUUUUUGAAUUGGCUGUAUAUAUGGCAAAACCAAAAGGCAAGAAUUUUUCAAAUUUGGGAAAUGAAACUAUCUAAAAUAUAUGUAUUUAUAAUUCAAUGACAACUUUGCUUGUACUAUUGUCAUGCAUUUGUAACAUAGAAUAUACGUGAUGAGAUUUUGAGACGGUUCACACGAAUUGAUAAAUAUGUAAUAAUAUUUGUUUCCAUUUAUCUUUAUUUAGUAUGUUACUAAUGCUUUGCAUAAAAAUGCACCAUACAGGUCUUUGACAGUUCGUGAUGCGAUAGGAGACCUUCCAUCAUUGGCCAAUAACAGAAAGGUAAGUUUGCACUAUAGCUGGGAUACACAUUUUUUCCUAUUUGUCCUAUUCGCAUUUUUUCCUAUGAGAAUUUCGUCAGGAUAUUUUGUUACAUCAACAGGUUAAAUAUUGUGGUUGAACAAAAAUAACAAUAAUAGACGCUUCACAACCAAAUAGAUUAUAAAAUAGAGGGGGAAUAGCCGGACCUUAUUUUAUUACUCAAACAAAACGGAUACAAAUAGAUGCUCCCCAAAUGUUCUGGCUGGCAAUGGAAACUACUUAUUUGCUAUGAAUUACAUUGCCUGCCUCCACUUCACAUUAUGUGGAAGUCCCGUAUGUAAAAUACUGGAUGUAAAAUCGUAUUGGCUGCAUUUGUAAUCUCCUCAGCAACACCGCCUUAAUAAAACUACGAAAUAGUAAAAGAAUAAUCGUGAAAGACAUAGAAACAACAGCAAAAAAAAUUAAAACGCAAUAAAAUAUACAUCUUACAUUCUCAAGCAUUAAAUCUAGAAUUAAAAUGGGUGAAACAGAAAUAGCUUGUCAAUUGAAUUGGAGUGUGGUUGUUCAUUUUGGCAGGCUUUAAGCUUUGUUCAUAUUGAUUGUUGUUUCCCAGGUAAUCACAGAAGUUGCUAAGACUUUCUGGGACUUGCAUUCGCUCUGUCACUAG